AGCCCCGCCCCAGAGUCCUGCUCGGGUCCCUCCGUUCGCGGCGGUAGGCGACCUUGAGCUUACCCGCGCCACCGCCGGUCUUGGGGCACUGUGUUGGUCGGCGGAGUAGGCGGCCAUGGGGAGCCUCCGCGGCCUGCGCCUGGCGGCUGUGGAGAAUGGACUGGAAAACAUGUCUCAUGCUGAAUAUUAUUUACUUCCUUUAAAACAAAUACCCUUUCUGCUAAAACAGAUUGAUUUCAUUGAUUUGUUCAAUUUAGAUGAACUAAUUCCCCUAAAAUCUUUUGUACACAUCCUGUUAACCUUUUCAGCAAGGUUAUUACAAGAUAUUGAAUAUAGUGCCCUGUGCUAUACAGUAGGAAGUUAUUUUAGGUUCUGUGAAAGAGAUGCUUUCUCAUCUUUAAGGCUUACCAGAAACUCUGAUUUGAAGAGAAUAAAUGGAUUUUGCAACAAACCCCAGGAAAGUCCAAAGCCUCCAACCCACACUUACGGCCACAGAGUGCCAUUGCAUAAGCCUACGGACUGGGAGAAGAAGAUCCUAAUAUGGUCAGGUCGCUUCAAAAAGGAAGAUGAAAUCCCAGAGACUGUCUCGUUUGAGAUGCUCGAUGCUGCAAAGAACAAGGUCCGGGUGAAGAUCAGCUAUGUAAUGAUUGCCUUGACAGUGGCAGGAUGCAUCUUGAUGGUUAUUGAGGGCAAGAAGGCUGCCAAAAGAAAUGAGACUUUAACAAGCCUGAACCUAGAAAAGAAAGCUCGUCUGAGAGAAGAAGCUGCUGUGAAGGCCAAAACAGAGUAGCAGAGAUAUCCAUGUUGGCUGGAUUUUGAAAAUCUAGAAACAAUGUUGCAGUAACAGGCCUUAAUAAAAUGAAUGUGGUAUGAGUUCCCUAAUUCUGCUCUAGAGCUACAAAUAAAUUUUCUUAAAGAAA